AUGGAAACGCCGUUAGAAGGUUUUAUCUGCAGGAAAAAGCGUCUUAAGGAAUCACCGUCAACUCCAUUUACCAGCCCCAACACCGCCAUUUCCUCUUCCUUGUUGAAACAAGUUUUCUUGCACGAUUGGUGGCUUGUGGAAGCCGAUUCAGGUUUCGAUGGAAAGCGAUUAGGUGUUGGAGGUUUAACUUCCAAAGAGAGCCGAGGGAUAAGAAGCUUCUGCUCUGCACCCAUUGUGACGAGGCAUGAUGCUGUUACUCUCAAAACAGUUGAUGGCAUAACAGUUCUGCUCCAUGGACAUCUCAAUAUGUCUCGCUCAGUCGAAAAUGGCUUCUCGCGUGAGUUGUGCGAAAAUUUUCAAAUUGGGUUUCCAUAUUACUGGGAAGAAUAUGCAGCCAUAUCCAAUGGUGAAGAUUUGAACCCUGGAGGUAACAGAACCAGUAACUCGUGCGGGAAUAUUUUUGAUGAAAUAUUGAAAAACAAAUGUGAUGAUGCUUUUGGUUGUGGUGAGGGCUCGAAUGUGGACUUGACCCCCGAUCAGACACUUUCUGGUCGUGAGAAAGUAAACCCCAAGCAGAAAAUGGGAAGCCAUCCUGACAAGAACUCAUAUUUUCGCAACGGUUUGAUGCAAGUGCUGACUCUAUGUCGGAAAAGAAGAGGAAAUUUUAGCACGUGCUUCAUAUUGUCACUAUGUUAUUGCUAG